CCCACAUGCAUGGCCCCAACCUCCCCCUCUCUCUCAAGUGUCGGGGUGGGCAACACAGCAGUUACUGAACACGUGAUGAGUACUGUUUCAACUUUUACAAUUUGUAGGCCCUUUUAUACGUCUCCGCCAGCCAUGGAAUUAUACGGUCCCUUUGUCUUUGGCCGCAUCGCCUUCAAGCUUUGCUUUACUCGUCACUUCUCCGUGAUCCCAUCUUCUAAGGGGCUUCUUGGUUUGAAUUUGUUGGGUCUUCUAGAUUUGUUGUAUGUAAAUGGGCGCUGGAUUUUCUGGGUUUGUUGCAGAGGGUAGUGGCGGCGAUCAGACUCCCUGGAAGCAGGGCCUGGGGGAGAUGCCGGAGAGCUGCGUGGCUCUGGUUCUGGCUCAUCUGGACCCUCCCCAGAUUUGCAAAAUGGCCCUCGUGAACCGGGCGUUUCGGCUAGCCUCGUCGGCCGAUUUUGUCUGGGAAUCCAAGUUGCCGGAAAACUACCGGAGUCUUGCCCAGAUGCUGUUGGACGGAAGUCCUGACCAGUUGGCUAAGAAAGACAUCUAUGCCAGAUUAUGCCGUCCCAAUCGCUUUGAUGGGGGAACCAAGGAACUGUGGAUGGAUAAAACAAGUGGAAGAAUUUGUGUUUCUAUUUCUUGGAAGGCACUUAAAAUAACUGGCAUCGAUGAUCGGAGAUACUGGAAUCACAUUCCAACUUAUGAAUCCAGAUUCCACACAAUUGCAUAUCUCCAGCAGAUAUGGUGGCUAGAAGUUGAUGGUAGCUUAGAUUUGGACUACUUUCCAUCCGGAACAUACAGCCUGUUCUUCCGCCUCCAGCUCGGAAGAACCACCGGAAAAUGGCUCGGCCGCCGGGUAUGCAACCUUGACCAGGUCCACGGCUGGGACAUCAAACCAGUCCGGUUCCAGUUAUCAACUUCCCAAGGCCACCACACCAUGUCCCAGUGCUAUCUCAUCCAACAGGGGGAGUGGCUGCUCUACCACGUCGGCGAUUUUUCCGUCACGAGCUCAAGCUCAAGCUCGAACUCGGCGGCGACGAUCAAAUUCUCGAUGAUGCAGAUUGAUUGCACCCAUACUAAGGGGGGGCUGUGCUUAGACUCUGUGCUGAUAUUGCCCCAGUGAAGUGAAGUGAAGUGGUGAUGAAUAUGAUCGAUCAAGAGUUGUUAAUUAGCCAGUUUUAGAAUUUGUAGUUAGUAGUUAGCCUUGGCACUUGGGAAAUUAUUUUGAUUUGAAGUUCUGUGCAAAAUGAUAUGUAUAUGUGUAUAUAUAUAUGUGUGUGUGUGUGUGUAUCUUGUGGCAAUAAUUUUUUUUUUUUGUAUAUAAAGCUCAUCUUCUUGACUUUUCUUUUAACUUU